UUUAGCAGCGCGCUUCGCCAAAACAGCACCGCAACAAACGCACACAAACACGCACGCACUCACGCACUCAUAGCCACACGCACAAACCCAUCGGAGCACUUUGCACCAAAAAAAUCAGCGCAGAGGCAAUAAUACCAAGAAAUAGCGCAAAAAUGCGUUUUCUCACUUUGACGCUUGUCGCAUGUGCGACUUUAGGCGCUGUCAGCGCAGAUGUCUCACACUUGGCCAAACACUACAUACCGCCAAGAAUGAUGAUGCCACCUGUUGUGGGCGGCAGCGCAGCGCACAUGAGCCCCAGUAACGGUAUGCGCUUCACUCAUCGCGGGGAGCACACUGUGACCACGAUUGAGAAGCAGGAAUUGCGCGAAUUGCCGACACAAACGGAAUAUCUGCGUCCGGGACAGAUGCCUUAUGGCAUCGGUGGCAACACGGAAAACCAGCAUGGACUAAGUGACAUGCGCGCAGCUGAACAUGGUGUCGAGAAACCGUUAGCGAUGAUGAUGCCUAGAGAAUUGUUGCCACCUCCACCACCACCGGCACCAACAGCAACCGCACCAAUGAAACAAGAACAGGUGGCAACUGUUGCACCUAGUAAACAGUAUUUGGCGCCUGUAAUGAGCGAAAUAAGUGAGGGAGAGAUGAGACAGCAUAGUGACAUGCCUUCAAAGCAGUACUUGGCACCUGUGAUGGGCGAAAUGAGCGAGGGACAGGUGAGACAUCAUGGUGAUAUGCCACCCAAGCAGUACUUGGCACCAGCAAUGAUGGAAAUGCAACAACAAAGGCAAGUGAGCGCGACAAGUAUGCCCAGCAGACAGUAUUUGGCGCCAAUGGUGCAAGAUCAAAAGCAAGAGCAAACAGAGCAACAACCUAAACAGCAACAACCGCAAGAACAGCAGCAGCAAUCACAACCACAGCCACAGCAACAAGCUCAGCAACAGCAACAAACGCAAGAACAGCAGCAACAACCCACACCAGCUGCACCAUCGCGCCAAUAUCUAACACCAAUGCUGAUGCAAAUGCGAGACCAAAUGCAUGAAAUGCCAGCACCAAGUGCACCAAGCAGACAAUACUUGGCGCCAGCAACCACAAUGUCAGCCAGCAACGAACAACGUUUGCAGCAGCAAUCAGCGCCAGCACCACAGUACUUGCCACCGCAGCAGCAGAUGCACGAAAUGCCCGUCAAUCAAUAUUUAGCGCCACAAUCCGGCGACAGUCAUGCCAUGACAAUGCUGCAACUGAUGGAGCAACAGAAAAAGAUGGCACCACAAGCAACACAACCACCAGCCAUCCACUACUUGCCCCCCGCAAUGCAAAUGCAACGCGAGUCAGCCGCACCGCCAAUGCCGGUGGCGCCACCAAUGCAGCCGGCGCGUGAAUAUCUCAAUCCCUUCGGCGAAGCUGAAAACGUUGCCGAAGCCGCGCAGGAAGUCGCCAAAAUGUUCGAUGAUCAGUCGGCACAACAACCGAUGCCACCACCGUCAGCUGAGGGGGAGCAGGAGCCCGCUAACUACUAUUUACCGCCACAGUCCGUGGACGCGCAGUCAAUCAACUAUCAGCAGUACGGCGCGCCAUCACAGUCGGAACCCUUGGCACCUGUUGAUUUUGUGCGUCAACAUCAGCAGUUGAUGACGCAGUACAAUGGCGUACCCGACGCGCCGGUAUCUUUCGCUCAGUUUCAAUCGAUAAACAGCGCAGAACCCACUCUACAAACGGUGGCUGAGCCCACACCCGCACAUUACUUAGCCAAUGAUGGUUAUCAUUAUCGCGAUGGCGGCAAUAGUAAUGUAUUCAGCAACGGUAAUGACGAUGCACGCAGCUUUCGUGUGAGACACUGAGUGUAAAGUUGUUGUGCCUCUGUAACAUUCGUUACUUAUUUGUUAUAUGUUUUUAUUGUUUUCGUUGUUUUAGUUUAGUUUUCGA